GCCAGGAACCAUGCCUUCCCCCCCGGGGUGUGAAACAAAUCAAUCAGAUUCUCAGGUAGGACAGAUUUUCACCGUCUUUCUCUACAAGGCUGGCUAUGAUGGGUUGGUCAGAGAGAAAUGGACAGGGGACCCCCUCCUCUAGGCAGAAAUGAUGUGAUACGAAUAGGAUCAAACGUGGAUGGGCUUGGAAACCAGGGUUCUGGAAGGAUCGCGCGGCGCGUUGUACAGUACACAACGUACCUUACCUUUACCCUGGCUCCAUACAAUCGGAUCUGACCCUGAGAGUUUUGUCUGUGGCUCAGCCACUUGUUUCUCUUUCUCAUCUCUGCAUUCGCAGGUGGAGCAAUUCCGUUCACCCUGUGGAGUAAUCCCGUUCCUUCGCUUGGUCUUAUAUAGCACGGCCUCGAUGCUAUUUUCUCUGCAGCUCUUUUUAUCUUCUCCUUUUUUUCUCGCCUCUGUGUGUUUUCAGAUAUAAGAACGGUUCACGCCAUCCAUCUACGAGUCCUGAUACACGCUCGAACAUCUCUGUGAUUAUUGUGGCUGUCGACUGGGAUCAAUCAAGAUGA